AUGAAGGAAAUUCUCAGCAAGAAAAGAAGGAUCACUGAUGAAGAAAUAAUACAUCUUGACGCAAGUUGCAGUGCAAUCAUUCAACGAACACUUUCACAAAAAGAAAAAGAUCCAGGAAGAGUCACGUCACCUGUCACAAUUGGGAACGUAAACAUUGGAAAAACAUUGAUUGAUCUUGGAUCAAGUAUCAACCUCAUACCACUCUCAGUAAUACGAAGAAUUGGUGAUUUGGAUAUAAAGAAUACUAGGAUGAGUUUGCAACUAAUCGACAAAUUAGUCACAAGGCCAUCCGGUAUUGCCGAAGAUGUGUUGGUCAAGGUAGAUAAGUUUUUAUUUCCUAUUGAUUUUAUUGUCAUGGAUAUAGAGGAAGAUGAUGACGUGCCACUGAUUUUGGGACGUCCAUUCAUGAAAACUGCACGCAUGAUGAUUAACAUUGAUGACAGUUUAAUGAAAGUAUGUGUUCAAGAUGAAGAAGUUACCUUCAACCUCUUUGACGCCAUGAAACAUUCCAAAGAUAAAGGAGCUUGUUUUCGAGUUGAUGCAAUUGAUGAAGAAAUACUGAAAAUACAGCAACAAACACACUUGACAACACCAUUACAAAGAGCCCUCGUGAACAUUUUUAAUGUUCUCAAUCCGGAAGAAGAAAAGGAACUCAAUGAAUGCUUAACAGAACUGGAUUCAGCAAAAGAAAUACCAUUAAAGGAAGCAAAAAUUGAAUAA